CCCCCCCCAAUUGCCUGAGGAGGGGGGGGGGUUGAGAGAGAGAGUGUAGAUAGAAUCUCUCCGAUAUUACGGCUCCUUCUGCCUGCCCCUGGCUGGCCCCCUUUCCCCCCCUCCUGUUGGGAAUGGGGGGGUCGGUGGGUGGAUGAAAGGAGAACGGAAGAGUCCGGAUUUCUAGGAAGGGUCCCCCCCUUCAAAUUAGCUUUUGUCAAUGUAGUUGGUUAUUGCCGUUAUUUUAAAAUAACAAACCCUGAAAAACAUGAAAUACGUUUUUAAAGGAUAACAGUUGUUUAUUUAAAAAAAAAGACACCCUUACAGACUGUGGCGCCAACGCCACCUGGGGAGGAAAGCGUGAGGGGAGCCUGUGAGGAAAUGGAAGGACCCUCCGGCUCCUCCGCGGAAGAAGGGGCGCUGACCCUCCUGACCGUCAAGCACGAGCUGAGGAGCGCAAACUUGACAGGCCAUGUGGAGAAGGUGGGCAUUGAGAACUUUGAACUCCUGAAAGUUCUUGGAACAGGAGCUUAUGGAAAAGUAUUUUUGGUGAGGAAAAUAAGUGGUCAUGAUGCUGGCAAGUUGUAUGCAAUGAAAGUAUUGAAAAAAGCAACAAUAAUUCAGAAAGCCAAAACAACUGAACAUACAAAGACUGAACGACAAGUACUGGAGCACAUUCGACAGUCUCCAUUUUUGGUCACUUUGCAUUAUGCUUUCCAGACUGACACAAAGCUUCAUCUCAUUUUGGAUUACAUAAAUGGAGGUGAACUUUUUACCCACCUUUCACAAAGAGAGAGAUUUACAGAAGAUCAAGUACGAAUAUACAUUGGAGAGAUAGUAUUGGCACUUGAACAUCUACAUAAGAAUGAAAGAGCGUAUUCCUUCUGUGGAACCAUAGAAUAUAUGGCUCCAGAUAUUGUCAAAGGAGGGGAGGCAGGACAUGACAAGGCUGUUGAUUGGUGGAGUCUGGGUGUUUUAAUGUAUGAAUUAUUAACCGGCGCAUCACCAUUUACAGUUGAUGGAGAGAAAAACUCACAAACAGAGAUAUCUAGGAGAAUAUUGAAAAGCGAGCCUCCUUAUCCUCAAGAAAUGAGUGUUCUAGCUAAAGAUGUAAUUCAGAGUCUUCUGAUGAAAGAUCCGAAGAAAAGACUGGGCUGUGGUUCAAGCGGCGCUGAUGAAAUCAAGCAGCAUCCCUUCUUCCAGAAAAUAAAUUGGGAUGACAUGGCUGCUAAAAAAGUCCCAGCUCCAUUCAAACCAGUAAUUCGUGAUGAGUUGGAUGUUAGUAACUUUGCAGAGGAGUUUACAGAAAUGGAUCCAACAUAUUCCCCAGCAACCACUCCACAAGUUGCAGAUAAGCUCUUCCAGGGGUAUUCCUUUGUUGCACCUUCUAUCUUGUUCAAACGCAAUGCAGCCACCAUGGAUCCCAUUCAGUUAUUGAUGGAAAUUGACCGACCAGGAAUUACAAGUAUUGCCAGAAGUGCUAUGAUGAAGGAUUCUCCAUUUUAUCUCCAUUAUGAACUGGAUCUCAAAGAAAAACCACUGGGAGAAGGAAGCUUUUCCAUUUGUCGAAAAUGCUUACACAAGAAAACUAACCAAGAAUAUGCAGUAAAAAUAAUUAGUAAAAGGCUUGAAGCCAUUAUCCAGAGAGAAAUAACAGCUUUAAAACUAUGUGAAGGACAUCCCAAUGUUGUGAAGCUGCAUGAAAUUUAUCAUGAUCAGCUCCACACAUUUCUAGUAAUGGAACUUCUAAAAGGAGGUGAAUUACUUGAACGCAUCCGGAAAAAAACCCUCUUCAGUGAAACUGAGGCCAGUUAUAUCAUGCGCAGACUUGUAUCAGCCGUGAGCCAUAUGCAUGAUGUAGGAGUAGUCCACAGAGAUCUAAAACCUGAGAAUUUAUUAUUCUCUGAUGAAAGUGAUAAUUCUGAAAUAAAAAUAAUUGAUUUUGGAUUUGCCCGCUUAAAGCCACCUGACAAUCAGCCACUUAAGACUCCAUGUUUUACUCUUCACUAUGCUGCCCCAGAACUCUUGAAUCAUAAUGGUUAUGAUGAAUCAUGUGAUCUCUGGAGUCUAGGAGUCAUUUUGUAUACAAUGCUCUCAGGACAAGUACCCUUCCAAUCUCAAGAUAAAAGUAUAACGUGUACAAAUGCAUUGGAAAUAAUGAAGAAAAUUAAAAGAGGGGAGUUUUCAUUUGAGGGAGAUGCUUGGAAAAAUGUAUCUCAAGAAGCCAAAGAUUUGAUACAAGGACUUCUUACAGUAGAUCCAAAUAAGCGAAUUAAAAUGACCAGUUUGAGAUACAAUGAAUGGCUUCAAGAUGGCAGCCAGCUGUCAUCCAACCCAUUAAUGACUCCAGACAAUUUAGGAUCUUCAGGAGCUGCUGUCCACUCUUACGUCAAAGCAACCUUUAAUGCCUUUAACAAGUACAAGAGGGAAGGCUUUUGCCUUCAGAAUGUUGACAAGGCACCUCUUGCCAAAAGAAGGAAGAUGAAAAAAACAAGCACAAGCACAGAAACACGCAGCAGUUCCAGCGAAAGUUCUCAUUCGUCCUCUUCUCAUUCACAUGGUAAAACUACUCCUACAAAGACACUGCAGCCAGCAAAUCCCACAGACAGCAAUACUCCAGAGACCAUCUUCCAGUUCUCUGACUGAAAGGCAGGGAAAUGGCUGUAUAUUUGUAGAUAUUUCUAUUCCCUUUAGCACAGCAAUGUUUGUUAAUUUCAAUAUCUACUUCAUUAGGUAUACAUUUUUUUACAAAGUGUCUUUUUAAAUGUUCGAGUUCAGUCCUAAUUCAUAAUCGGGCAUGUUAAACUGCUAUGAAUAUCACCAGAAUCCAGCUAAGAACUACAUGUUCCAGAACAUUUUUAUAUGUUGCUGGUAAGAAACACAAAAUUAAGGAAAUGGAAGCAGCCCUGCAAGGUCUCGAAUCUCCAUUGCCCAGCCAUGGCAGCCCCCGAUGCAUCCAACUUUGACUGCAUUGUGGCUAGGCUGUCUUUGGAAAUUUCCGUACAAUUGAAAUGUGACCAGCUGAAGUGUCUGGUACUAAAACAUAUUGUUAGGGUUUUUAAAAAAUCUUUCCCCUUGGGCAGCACCUGUGGUUUUUCUGCAGGACACAUGCAUGAGAAUAAUCAAGCCCAACCCUCUUAUCUUCUGUAGCAUGUGAAAUGAAUGCAUAAGAUAUAAGUAACAUUUGGCUAGUGCAAGAGUUUGGUUUCUGGUAUGCAGUAAAUGACACAUUCUUUUACCUUCGGUUUGGGGCAUUUUGUGUUUGCUGCUUUCAAAUAAUACUUUAGGAGGGUUUUUUUCCCCAGUAAUUCAAAAGCACUGAUUUGUUUCUAAAAUGAGCCUGCCAUUUUCUUAAGCAUUCAGAAUUAAAAUGUGUUUAAACAUUUUCUGAACAGUUAUUUGUAACUUAUGCAUUAUGCCUAGUUUUUAAAUAUAACAUUUUAAAGUGGAAUUCCGUAAUUCUGUUACAUUGUGGGCCCAAAAAUUGUGCAUGCAGUGAUACCCAGUAUAUUUUACAAGUUGCUAUAUAGCUGUAGCAAAGUAUUCAGAUUUUUUCAUGCUACAUAGCAACUGCAUGGCUUGAUAUGCAUAUAAUGAGUCUUGAUGAGUAACAAUAAGGUGAUGAGUGCUUCUCAAAGGUGCUGUGUAAUCUGCUCUAGUAAUGUUGAUGAAAAUUACAAAUUGAUAGCACCAUCCGACCUGGCAAUAUUAAAGCUUUUGUUUUCUCAUUCCUAUAUGCAGAACUCCUCAGAUUUUGCCCUCUAUCAUGUUGGGGCAGGUUUUAACUUUCAGCCAUUAUGCACUGGGAAAACUAAAGGAACUUUCUAUGAAACACUGUGCUAUACUUGUACAUACUGUAUUCUGCUUCAGUAAUAUGUAGUACUAGAUGGACUCUGGUCUGAUCCAGCAGGCUUGUUCUUAGGGGAGGGGGGGGGGCGGUGUGCGCAAAACUCAGAUUUUGCACCAGGCUCCAUUUUCCCUAGCUAUGCCUCUGUCCAAAGGAGCUGCCGGCUGCGAGCCCAGCUGGUGGCGGGGGGGGGGGGGGCGUCUGCCGUCCCUGCCCACGGAGAGCGGCUUUUAUAAGCACUGAGGCUUGGGGAGGCGUGGCCAUCCCCCAGGGGCGGGCCCUGCCCCCAAACACCUCCCCAUAAAAAAUCUAUAAUUUUCGAAAUAGGGGGUAAAUGAAAGUUGUGAUCCUUACACUUCUGCAAAGGCAUGGUUUUACUGAGUUCUUUUGGCUUGAACGGUGGUUGUUUCUGGUGGGAAAGAAGAAGCAUUGUGUAGUUCUCCAGAUUAGAGUACACCUGCAGAAGCCAAUUUGAGUGCUUACCAGAGCCUGUCUCCUCUGUUCAAAUUGCCUUUCUUCUUCAAGUUGUUUUUUACGACAUUCCAGUUUCUCGAUUGCACAUUCACCAUCUCCUUAAAUUUUUUCUUUUUUCCCCGCCACUUCACAAGAUCAUUAAGCACCCUUUGUUUAUUGUCGGCAAUGUUCUCUGACCGCUCCUUUAAGUCUUGGAAAAUGUAACGCUGCAAAAAGUUUAGGCUCAUCUUAUUAUUAUUAUUGUUAUUAUUGUUGUUGUUAUUAUUAUUAAUAAUAAUAAUAAUUAGUUCCUAUAUGGGGGGAGAACUAGGCAGAAUGCAGCUUGUUAUCAUGGUUUA